UUUUGGUGAUGGAAAUGGUCGAUUCCAUAUCAUUAGUGCUAAACAUGAAAGGCAUAGUAGCUUUUGGACCAAAACAUGGAUCUAUACUCUCUCUUAGUUUCCCUACCAACUUAUUUUCGUUCUAUAGCUUUCCCCAAAUGUUAUUUCCGGGUAAGAACGUAAAGCUUGUUUGCGUGAAGGCCACUGCUACUCCGACUGAUGAUCAAGUAAUUAAUCGAAAGUUCAAGAAGUUGCCACCUUCGAGAUGGGGUCAUCAUUUCCUCUCUGCUCAAGUCGAUGUCUCGGAAAUGAAUGGCCUUGCGCAAGAGAUCGAGAUCCUAAAGUUGAAAGUAGGGGAGAUGCUCAUGUUUUCUUCGAUAAGCGUUGAGUCGACCAAGGAGAGAAUCCUUCUUAUAUAUAUGCUUCUGAGCCUUGGUGUAGCGUUCCACUUCAAAGAUGAGACUGAGGAGAUUCUAGAAGAGAGUUUUGAAAAGAUAAAUGAGAUGAUAGCAGAUGAAGAUGAUUUAUACACGAUUUCCACCAUGUUUUGGGUGUUCAGAACAUACGGUUACAACAUGUCUCCCGACGUUUUCAAGAGAUUCAAAGGGGAGAAUGAAAAGUUUAAUAAGGAAUCUCUAAUCGGUGAUGUCAAGGGUAUGGUGAGCUUGUAUGAAGCUUCUCACUUGAGGACGAGGAGAGAUGAUAUCUUGGACGAAGCGUUAAGCUUCACGACAAGGAACUUGGAGUCGUUAGCUAUAGCCGGAUCAAGUUCUCCCCAUAUUUUAAUGCGUAUACGAAAUGCUCUUUGCAUGCCUCAGCAUUACAAUGCCGAAAUGGUAUUCGCGAGGGAAUACAUUUCUUUUUAUGAACAAGAAGAAGAUCACAACAAGAUGCUACUCAGAUUUGCUAAGAUCAAUUUCAAGUUCUUGCAGCUAAACUGGAUUCAAGAACUGAAAUCCCUUAGCAUAUGGUGGAAGCAGCAAGACCUUGCAUCUAAACUCCCACCUUACUUCAGGGACAGGUUGAUCGAGUGCUAUUUAUUAGCAUUAAUUGUACAUUACGAGCCACAGUUUUCACGUGGUAGAGUUGCACUAGCUAAGAUCAACACAGUGCUUACCCUUGUUGAUGACACUUGUGAUAGAUAUGCAUAUGGUAAUGUUUCUGAAGUUGCAGCUCUUGUUCAUUGCGUGGAAAGGUAA